AUGAAUGGAAGAGGAGGAGAAUAUCCUGUUGAAUUGAAUUUGUCACCAUCAUUACUACUCAACCUGUCAUCAAACGACAAAAUGGUUUUGGUCAAUUUCAAAAUGGCAUUAAUUUCUCCUUUCUCACUAAAUUGUACCACUGAAAAAGGCGAAAAGGAAGCAACAGCUGAAGGAGUGGUAAAUUAUGAUGAUGUAUUUGUAAAUAGAGUGAAAGACAAAGGGAAAUUCUCCCUUUGUGGACAAAAGAAAGAUGAAGUGGUCAACAAAUUUAUAAGGUUAAUCAUGGGGAAAGAAUGGAUAAUGCAUGAAAGGAUAAGAUACCCUGCAGGGAAAUGA